AGCGGCGGCGCUCCCGAGACCGCCUUCUUGCCAUUGCGCAGGCGCCUCCCUCCUUAACGGCUUCUUGUUGUUUUUUCCCCCCCUCGCGCUUUCUCUCGCCUCACUUCUUCUUCUUCUUUUUUUUUACAAGUGCGCAGGCGCCAAAAGGGGGUGUGGCGAGGGGAGGCGGAAGGGAGAUUCCUGAUUGGACGAGCCGUUCGGCCGCGGGGCUUCCCUGCGGUGUCGGAGCGCGCGGGGCGACCGUUGCCGUCCUUCCCCGUCCCCUUCCCCCACCAGCUGGAUCGGACAUGUGUCAUUUGUACCCAGAGAUGUUGGGGUCCUGAUUUCAAUCAAUGGAUUUGCAAGCUUUUCUUUAAAAAAAAAAUCAGUUUGCUUUUUGCCUUCUUUUCCAAAAUACAUCUGAUAUGAGCAAGUAUUCAUUUUGCACUUUGUAGUAAACGUCAGGAUUUGCACAACAGCACAGUCACUGGGAAAACGUCAUCAGUGAUUUUUUUCUUUUUCUUGCCAUUUUUGAUUUACAAGUCAACAUGCGACAUGCUGUAGAAGACAUCAAAUUUCAAAUGACUUUCAACAUAAAACUGCAAGUGAACAUUUUAAAGUAAUUUUGCUACAAAUAGCACUUGCCAGAUUGCAUCACCUUGCGAAUUCUAUUGCAGACUGAUCUGUUAGAUGCUAAUAAAUAUCUGAAAAUGUUUUUUACCUCUUCUUUUAUUCCUACAAGAGAUCUUCAGCUAGUGAACCCAUCCCCCAGUUCGCUGUUGUUGCUUUGGGUACUUUAGGAAAUGAUCUCAUACGAAUUAUUUGAGAAAACUUAAACAUAGAACAGCGACAAUGUAACUGUAUAGAAAAACAUGAAUUGUAUUUAUUACAUAAAGCAAUAUUUUUUCCAUAAUCACAUAUCCCAAAGAAAAACAUGGCUGGAGCAUCUCAAAUCUAUAUUUUCUUUGGUGCACCUAUCCUUUCAACUUCACCAAGGGCAGCUAAUAAAGAGAACUUUUCAUCCACCGCUGCUGAGCCAUGGAAAAAGCUCCAUCUUUCAUUUACAAAAGACACCUUUGACCUCUGCACUAGGAAAUGCAAAGGUCCAAAGUGUACAGAGUAUUGUACAACCAAUGAUGCAACAUUGGCUUCCUACACCAAAAGUUGUUUCACAGCAAACUUUGAAAAGAAAUGUGGGUUGGUUGAUGGUGUUUUGAUGGACCAUGUGAACGAUGGUAUGAACGAUAAAACUAAGGAGACCAUUGUGUCAUCUGGCAGGGCUUCUCAUGUCCAUGGAAAUAUAAAUGCAGAUGACCAUGCAAAGCAUCUUAGGUACCAGCAGUUUCCCAGUGGUGGAAGAACACAUGAACUAUUGGAAAAAACUGAAGGAGAUACCAUGAUACAUAACCACCUUGAUAUUUCUCCUUUUGUUUCCAGUCCCCAAAAGAUUAGCAGAGGUGUGACAUCUGUUUGGCAAGAUGACGAGCUAUCACACUUCCAGUGUGAUCAUGUCAAGCUGCAGGAAAUAUGUUGCCCUGACAUAACAAAUGAAUCUAAGAAACUUCUGAAUCCAGAUCCAAAGCUUGCCUUAUCAACAGACACUGAAUUCCUUAGUAUUCUGACCUCAAGUCAAAUUGCUGUCCUUUCAAGAAGGCCUGUUGUAGGACAAAAUGAAAUGGAAAAUGAAUCUACAGAGGUUAAGAGGAUGGAAUUGGGCGGAUCUUGUAAGGAGAGUGGAGAAGCUGUAGCCACAUCAGGUCAGGUAAAUGAGAAAGCUGGCGCCUGUUCUAAUGUGGCCGAGAGAAAUCUCCAUCACGAUGACGAAAGUUCUCCUGAACUCUUCAGUUUGGACAGCACUUCAAAAGAUAGCAAGCUAACAUAUUUGUCAAGAGAGGAUAGCUUUCAGAAAAACGCUAGUGUAUCCACUGGCCUUUUGCAUUCCAACAGCAGUAAUAAUGAGAUACACAUUCAGCCAUGGAAGAGUGGGAUACUGUGUUCUCAAGGAGGCAUCUCCUCAAAAGGAUCCUCUAAAAGAUCUCUAGCAUCUGAAGACAUCCUUCCUGCUACUAAUGUUACAAUUGCAGGCCAGCAGGUAUCAAAGAAAACUAAGCUGGUUGACUCUUUGGUUUGCUCUGCUUUACAAACGGAGCCACUGAAAAUGCCAUCGUUGAAGAAACUUCAGAAGCAUCCAUCGUUGCUUAAAGACUGCACCUGCAAAGACCAGAAGUAUAAUGUCUUGGUCACAGUGCUACAUCCUUGCCAGAUCAAAGAAAUACAACUGAAGUCAGGAACUAAAUUGUCCCCUAAAGUCCCCUUAGCCACUAUCGUGGUGUUCGAUCAGUCAGAAAUCCAACGGAAGGUGGUACUGUGGAGAGCAGCUGCAUUCUGGUCACUUACGGUGUUUCCUGGAGAUAUCGUUCUACUCACAGAUGUUGGCAUGUAUGAAAAUCGUUGGGCUGGAGAGAUAUUACUGCAGUCAACAUAUACUAGUCAGUUAUUGAACCUUGGGAGCUGCUUAGCUAUUCAGCCAAAUGAAUUUUCCCACAUAGUGGACAUUAAUAUUCUCCGGGAGUUGCUGGUGUACGUGUCUUCCAAGCAUGCCUGCUUCCAAGCUCUCCCCCAAAGGGAGCCACAGACACUCAGCAGCGUCCAAAACGUUCUCCUAGAUCAACUCCAAGCCGAUACCUUGGUGCACUCCAUCGUGAAAAUUGUUAACAUCACUGUGCUAACAGAAUCUACAUACAGUUACAGAGGAGAGAAACAAACAAAAAUUAUUCUAACAGUGGAGCAGGUCAAAGAUCAGCACUACGUGUUAGUGUUGUGGGGAGCUGCGGCAGUCUGCUGUCCUCGGCUUCAAAGGAAAAAAGAUCACAUAUGGCAGUUUAAGUACCUCUUUACAAAACACAACCCUGUCUCUGGUGAGCUUGAAUUGCACACGACCCCGUGGUCAUCCUUUGAGUGUCUCUUUGACGACGACAAAAGAGCUGCUGAGUUCAAAGAGAAGUUUGACAAGGGUGUCAAGUCCCUGGCGAGAGCGACAGACCUUCCUGCGCACCUAGAGGAGAAACGUUCUGGCAUAAUCCAAGUGAGAGCCCACAUCUCAGAGCUGAAAUUCGCCGUUGCUUCCUCUCCACGUGGACAGCUUGUUUUCAAUGCUUGCACUUCUCUCCAGCACAUAUUUGAGUCUCUUUCUCGGAUCACCUACACAGGUUGCGCAAAAUGUGGGCUUGAACUGCAGUUGGAUGGCAACAAGAUCUACAAACAGUGCUUCAGCUGCUUGCCCUUGAACAAAGUGAAAAUAUUCUACAGACCCGCGUUGAUGACGGUAGAGGAUGGGGGAUAUGACGUCCCUGUGCGUGUGGUGCCAGACCUGAUGGAGAAAAUAUUCCUCAAUAUUCCCGCAGACUGGCUGAACAAGACCAUAGAGCCUUUCUUGGACACCACCUACGGCAUGAUUGUAGCAGACCUGUGCCAUUCUCUGGUCACAGACACUAAAGCAUCCUAUCUUUUGGAAAUUAGGAGCCAUUUUGUUCUGGAUGAAAACAGCUGUCCUUUGGAGAAGAACUUCCACCUGCUGCGUUUGCAUAUUGAUCUCUGAUUUCUUAACAACACUGAUCAGCCGGCUCCCCCCAAACAGCGAAAGAAAAGCCUGAGAAAAUAUUUUGAAAUGAAUUAAUGAAAUUGAAAUUUUGUUUUCCUAGUUAAGUGCAUCAAAUCUUCCAGAUUUUCAGUUUUUAUUUGUAAUUAUUUAUGAAUCAUAAUUAUUUCUAUGCAAGAUCUUCCCAUCAAAUAUUAAUAAAAUGAAUUUUUAUGACCAGAAAA